AUGGAGGAAUCAAUAAUGCUGGUCCAGUCAGCCCCAACCGGGUUCGAGUCUGCUCCGCCGCUUGUGUUGAUUCACGAUGGAGGCGGCACGACGGUCUCUUAUUUCUACCUCGAACCCUUGGACCGUGCAGUAUAUGGGAUCCAAAACCCCAGGUUUUACUCCGGUGAGCCAUGGAAAGGUGGCCUGUCAGAGAUGGGGAGGGUCUACGCCAGCUUGGUGCGCUCUGUUAUCGCGUCAGGGCCGAUCAUCCUGGGAGGUUGGUCUCUUGGGGGUAUACUGUCAUUAGAAGUUGCCAGCGUGCUUGCCAGAUCUUCUGACAUUCAGGUUCUGGGUAUCGUGAUGGUCGAUAGCAUCAACCCUUUCCGGGUCGCGCCUCAAAAUCCCAAUAUUGUACCUUACCAAAUUGAGUAUGGCGAGCACGCGAAACCGGAAACACGGGAGCUGGUUUCGAACUGUAUGAAUCUCGCGGUCGCCAUGGCCUCGGCCUGGGUUCCACCCGUGUGGAAGGGAUGCAGCGACCACGGUCAUGUUCUUCGACGACAGGCACUGGAGGCUGAGUUGUCGGCCCGAAUGCCCGCGGAAUACGGCCAUCUGUGCUCGGUGACAGAACUGGAUGUUCCCUGGCGAGAGAUGCCUCCCACUGUGCCACAGACCAUUCUCCUUCGCUGCAAUGAGUAUGUUCCCGUCUCUACGGCGGACAACUCCCACGCGGUUGCGAGAGUGGAUGUAGCGCGGAAUCUGAGCAAGUUGGGAUGGGAGGAUUGUGGAUACGACAUGGUGUCUGCUGUUCUUGAAAUCCCUGGCCAUCAUUUCGACAUCUUUGCCAAACAUCAUUUGGACGACCUUUCGUUGCGUGUCAAAUUGGCGUGUCGUAUGCUAGAACGGGUGGCAUUGUGA